GGCUUUGCUGUUCGAGGGCAAAUGGCGCCACUGCCACCGCAACAGCAACAGCAGCCACAGCAGCAGCAGCAGCAGCCUGUUGUUUAUGCUCACCAGCAAGGACAAGUGAUGCGGCCACACUACGUCCAUGUCCAGCAGACGCAGCCCAGGCUUCCUGGCCAACCCAUGCCUGUUCAGUACCAUCAAGCAGUCGCUGUGGAACAGGAUGUUGGAGCUUCGAUUGCUCCUGCACCUCCCAAAAAGAGGAAGCGACCAACAAAGAAGCAGCUGAAAGAAGCAGAAAUGGCUCAACAGGCAGCAGCUGCAGCUCAGCAGCAGCAGUUUAUGAUGGAGCAGCAUAUGAAUAGUCGUGUGCCUUCAGUCAAUGCCCAUACGGUUGAUAGGCCUGCAGUUAUGCCGCCACAGGUGAUGCACGGCAAUCAACCAACGAUGGGAAUGGCGUAUGCGCAGCAUUCGCAACCAUAUCCACCACAAACACUUCGAUCGCCGCCAGCUGUUUCUGCGCAAACAAUGAUGCAGAAUCAGCCGCCAAAUCCGCCGUACUACCAGCAACAGCAACAACCGCAACAACAACAGCAGCAGCAACAACAUGUCUGGAUUCCUCAACAUCAACAACAGAUGAUGCAGCAACAGCGGCCUCAAAUGAUCUACAGUGGAGGGAUGCCACAGCAGCAGCAGCCGCCGCCGCCGCAGCAACAUUGGCAGAGUAACCAACCGCGCAAUCCACGAAUGAUUCACAGCCUUACCUCAGUCGUUGAGAAAACCAGUGACGAUUGCCGUAUUUUUGUUACAGUUUCGGAGAUGAGUGGUGGCUCUUCGGGUAGCGUGCAUACAUCGCCAAUGACCAGUCGCAAUGCAUCAAUUGAUUACUCUCCAGCAUCACAGUCCAGCAGUACCAUGUCGCCGCUGUAUCAGCAACAGCAGCAGCAACAGGUAAUAUUUUGGAUUGCAUCAGAAUGA